GGAUUAGAAUAGCGGCGCCGAUGGGCUGUGCCUGGCGCCAUCCGCGUGCGCCACCACCACCAACCGCCCCCCGACGGCCGACGCCAUGCUCUCCCUCGCCCGCCGCCCGCUCUCCGCCGCCGUCCCCGCCGGCAACCUCCUCGGCAUCCACCUCUUCCAGUGCCCCGUACGCCCCUCUCCUAUCUAUUCCCCCCAUCUCAUUUUCCCCCUCUCUUCUUCCUCUCGGAGCCGAUGUGAAGAGUUUCCUGCUGGUGGCCAGGACGCGGUGGGCAUCGUGGCCAAGCUGUCCGAGUGCAUCGCCUCCCGCGGCGGCAACAUCCACAGCGUCGACGUCUUCGUCCCCGACGACGCCCCCGUCUUCUACGCCCGCAGUGAGUUCACCUACAACCCGAGGCUCUGGCCGCGCGACGUGCUUCGCACCGACUUCCUCCGUCUGUCAGACUGCUUCGGUGCACAAAAGUCUACUGUGCGAGUACCUGACAUUGACCCCAAGUACAAGAUUGCAGUCCUCGCGUCCAAGCAGGACCAUUGUUUGUUUGACUUGCUGCAUAGAUGGCAAGAAGGCAGACUCCCAGUUGACAUUCAUUGUGUGAUAAGCAACCAUGAUCGACCUGUAGAUAAUCAUGUGAUGCGUUUUCUUCAGAGGCACGAAAUCCCCUAUCAUUACUUACCUACGACUUCUGGGAAUAAAAGGGAACAGGAGAUACUAGAAUUGAUUGAAGGUACAGAUUUUGUUGUGCUGGCAAGAUAUAUGCAGGUAAUGUCUGAAGGCUUUCUUAAAGCAUAUGGGAAAGAUAUUAUUAAUAUUCACCAUGGCCUCCUUCCCUCGUUCAAAGGAGGAAGUCCUUCUAGACAGGCCUUCAAUGCUGGGGUGAAGUUGAUUGGUGCAACUAGCCAUUUUGUUACUCCAGAACUUGAUGCUGGGCCAAUUAUUGAGCAGAUGGUUGAACGGGUUUCUCACAGAGACACGUUACAUAGCUUUGUUGUGAAGUCUGAGAACCUUGAGAAGCAGUGCCUGGCAGAAGCUAUCAAGUCAUACUGCGAGCUCCGUGUGCUACCAUAUGAAGUGAUGAAGACUGUUGUGUUUUGAUUUUUUUAUGGAUUAUUACGAUGUGUAUUCUUUUUUUUCUUUCAAAAAUGAGCAAUACAUUAUUCUUUUGUUAAUAUAUUCACGUCGAGCCAUUAGGUGUAUCUUAACCUGGGUUGAAGUUAUGAGAAUAAUCAGGCAAUAUUACAUA